CUGAAGAGUUGAUGGAACGCAUGAAAUGGAAGCAAUAUCAAGAGCCAUUAACUACGCGCAACCAUACAAAUCACACCGUACAAUCGCCAGCCGAGACAGCAGCAACAGCAGAAUUACCACCAGCAACAGCAGCAGCAGCAACAGCUGCCGCCAGUACAACAGCGACCUCAGCAGCCACACAAAACUCAGUAGAACAACAAACAUCCACAGAGCACAGAGCAACGCCAAACGAUCAUCAGCACGAUCAGCGUGUAGAGGAACAGAAAAUUUCAAAUUUACAGCAGGAAAAAUUGAUCAGCGAUCUAGCAGACGCCAAGAGCGUGAAGACUUCGUCAUACGGCAAGGCCAACGGCACCGCAACGGGCAACAACAGCAAUUACAGCUAUCAACACGAGCAACAGCACGAUCGCACAGUCCAAGACGAAACGGGCGCCGAACAGCAACAACAACAAUACAAAGGAAAUACGCCGUCACCCGAUUGCGUAGAAAUUGCAGCGGCUAAAGAAAGGAAGGAGGUGCAACCUGUUGCAGAUAACAUUACAUCACAAAAUCACAACCAACUUCACCACAAUAAUAGUAAUAGUAGUUUAGCAUUAAAUAACAACAAAAUUUGCGGCAACAACACAUCAACAUUUACAACAAAAGUAACAAAUUCAUCACACACAAUAACGCAAGCAAACAUCACAAGCGUAAGUGCCACAGAGAAAAGCCUGCUUAUACCUACAUCACCACCGUCAAAGCGUACAUCUCCGCCAGCUACAAAAGCGCCAGAGGUGCCACGUGCGCCCACCACCGAGCCGGUAGAUUGGAAACCGAAUGAGAAGUGUUAUUUUUGCGUGGACGGCAGAUUACUCACGGUGAACGCGAAGGGCGAACUAGUAGCCGAGUCGGCGGGCCCAGUUGUGUCCGCCGCCGGCGGCGAUCCAGUGGAGCACGGUCACAAGCUUGAGACCGAUAGCGAUUCAAAUGAAUCAUCACAUGUGAAUUUGGUGAACAGUACAACAAUUGCGGCUGUGGUGAACCCAUUAAUACAUAACAAUAACAGCAGCACUAACAACAACAACAACAACAAUAAUAACAAUCGCAUCGACUGGAACAAGCUGUUAACGACACGUUUAGUAGAUUUGCCGGCGAACAUGACUUCAAUGGAUUCGAUGGCAGCGCAAUUAGCAGUAAUUUCUGGUUAUCCAAACUUCAAUUGGCUACAAUUGAUGCAACAACAACAGCAACAACAACAACAGCCACAUCAACUACCGACACAUCAACAACAGCAUCAGCAACAACAGCAGCAACACCAACAACAGCAGCAGCAACACCAGCAACAUCAGCCCCAGCAACAGCAACAACAAACAAACUCGGCGACACCAACUACCUCAGAGACAUCGGUCGCCGCUGUUAGUCCGCCACUCAAGGAUUCACCCAGUCCCAGUGAUGCCACCGGUGAACAACCAUUAGAUCUUAGUUCCAAGCCAUCGCCAAGUUCAUCUAUUAGCGGCGAUUUGAAAGCAGUGCGUACGAAAACAUCACGGACCACGCCCACACUCUCUGCACGCCGCCCCUACAACGAUGACGUGCUAAGCAGCGCCGUACAAGGUCUUCUAAGUGGAAAAUACAGCGCAAAUACCCGCAAACCACCAGACCAAUACAGUAGCAGUGCGACAUCGAGCACCAUACGUACAAGAUGUAAUCGCCCUGCGAUGGGCGGCAAACGCCUCAACGCCCACCUUACAAAUGCUCUAUUGCAGGGUUUAGAAAUGGACAAGGAUUUGUCGGGUGAUGAAUGCAACGCUGCUGAUGCUAGCACGCUCAUGACUGGUGGUCAUGGGAGUAACGCUUCAACACCACAACCAGAACCCGCCACACAUUCAGCACUCGAAGAGCUCGCCAAUCGUCUAAGCGCCACGCAUUCGAUACGGAAGCUGUGCGUAAAUAAUGGCAGCAGCGAUGCGGCGAGGCGCGAAAGCGACAUUGAAGCUGCAAACUGCGCCGUAUUGUCACCCAAGCCGAAUGCAUUGUAUAUAGAUGCGGCUAAGCGUGAUACUGGUACACCUUCGAGCAGUGCUACGCCGCAACCGCAGCAAUCACCGCAGGCAGGACUUGAUACAACUUUUGCAAUUUUGCAGGCGUUUUUGUUUACUCUCACCAGCUUUGGCGCUUUGCAACAGCGUGCAGACCAGCCCAUAACACUGCGUGAUCUUGUAGCCAAUUUGAAAGAUAUGUUGGAAGCGCAUACAACGGGUGAUUUGAAUGUGGAAGGUCUUAUCAAUAAUGGAAAGCCCAAUAUAAUGGAUCAGCCAUUGUUGUUGCAGAAGCUGCAGCAGCAGACCUCAGCAUAUGCGGCGCAACGCUUGCCCAAAUCAGAUACUCCAGAGACGACAAGUUCAAUUGACACGCACGAACCGAUUGGUGAGGAUCUAGCUUCGUCGAUUCUUAAGAUUCCGUCCUAUAAGCCCGCGGCAAGCACGCCCACUCCAACAUCGGGUGCAGCACGCACCUCCUGCUCCCCAUCUUUGCUGUGCAACAACUCCAACGCCAAUUCAAUGCCAAAUCCUAAUGGCGAUAGCCCCCAUUCAGCGCCCUCCCCACGUAUCGCCAGCUCAAUGUUGGCCGCUGCAGUGGCGGCUGUGAGCAACAAUGGCACCUCGACUUCUGCCGGCCGUCAGGGCAACGACCUCUCAUUGAUUUCGCCCCCGUUGCUACAACACCGCCAAUCACCACCGUCGUUCAGCUUUCGUGAUGUGAUCGCGCGAGGCAUCCACCGCACUAUGAAUGAGCAAGCGAACCAAGAAGCACAUGCGGCAGCAGCUGCUGUUGCCGCAGCCUCAGCACCUAUGCUCGGCUUGUGUUUAGAAAUGGAGCGCUCAGCCAAUAACAACAGCGGUGGCAGUGCAGAUUACAAGAAACCAACCAUUUCAGUCGUGAAGAAUAUAGGCGGUACUGAUACAACUCGUUUUGGCGCUGCGCCCAAUCUAUUGGCUGGCACCAGUGCGGCUGGCGCGCCUGGUAGUAGCUCCAGCGCGCACAACUCGCACGGCUACCACCAGUCGCAUUUGCAUAAUGCCCAUCACCAUCACUCGCACCACCUUAGCCGCCAAGAUGCCGCAGCACUUGCCGCGGGCAAAGGUACCCGACCCAAACGUGGCAAGUAUCGCAACUACGACCGAGAUAGUUUAAUUGAAGCAGUGCGCGCUGUACAGCGUGGCGAAAUGUCGGUGCACCGUGCAGGCAGCUACUUUGGCGUGCCGCACUCCACGCUCGAGUACAAAGUUAAGGAGCGGCACUUAAUGCGACCACGCAAGCGUGAGCCCAAGCCCCAGCCUGGUCUGGAUGGCAGCAGCUCGACCUCGGCCAAAUCAAACUCCAACAUUCCUGGUCACCACAAUAAUCUUAGUAAAAUGAAACUGGGCGGCGCUGGCAGUGGCAGCUCAAAUUCCAAGCUAAACGAAACACUUAAGGGCAACAGCAACUCGGCAUCGGCAGCGUUCCCCCCCACAGCACCAAAUGGCAUGAAAUUGCCCAUUUUCGAUCCCAUGCAAUAUCCGGGGCAUCUAUUUUGGAAUCAUUCCCCAGCUUUUAGUCCAAUGCACAUGGAAUUCAAUCGCAAUACAGUGGCGGCGCAAAAUGCAAGCGCUGCACAACGCUACACUGAAGAAGCGCUGCGUGGUGGCGCAUCGGCAGGUACGCCAUCCAAUGCUAACAGCCCCAGUCCUAUAGCCAGUCCGCUAUCCGCUGCCGCAGGUCAUGCGCUCAAUAUGAAGAGUGCGCGCGAAAUUGCUGAGAAUUUAUAUGAAAGUGGCGGCGCUAAUGGUUCCUCAAUACUCGACGGCAUCAUACGAAAGACGCUCGAUCGCAAGAGUGCCGAUGUUGGCCCGCCACCCAGCGUUCCCACCGGUGGAGCAUUACUGGAUCAAUUGCUGGUCAAGAAAAGUGCGCCUCCACCGUACGUUAGCAACAACAUCAACGAUCAUGUCUCAGCCUCGGCUAUGAGUUUAGGUACCAAACGCGCCGGCAGUCCGUUGCCCUAUACGGAAAUUAAGCGCGAACGUGGCAGCCCGCAACAUAGCAGUGGCGACGACGAUGAUGACGACGCCUCACGCAGUGGCACUGAGGAGAUGAGCUACGAGCAUAAUAACAACAACAACAGCAAGAGUAGUUUCAGCGGCAAUAAUGAAUUGCUACUACAGCAUCAGCACUUGCACCAGCAACAACGCAGUCGUAGCCGCAGCCGACUAACCUCACACGACUCCGCCGAAACCGAUACGAGUAGUAUACCCAGCGAUCUCAUGCCAAAUCACAGCAACAGCAGUAAACUAGUUGCGGAUCUAAAUGGAAGUGGGGGCAGUGCGGGAAUGAGUGGGUUGGUGCCCAAAGUGGAACCACUGCUGGAAUUAGGGCGGGUGCCACCGGCUUUAGGUGGGACCUCAAUACUACAGGAAAAGUUAGCGCAAAUCAAGGCAGAACAAGAAAAUGAAGAAAAUUUAUAGAGGCGAACAAUUUGGCAAUAUGGCGUAUUGGCGGUGAAGGAGUAAAAGGCACUACAGAGAUGUAUGUAUGCCAUACGUAGGCGAAAAUAUACAGGAGCCGAAUGCAGGCUCAGUAGAUGAGUACAAGGGCAUGGGCGAAAUGGGCGCACAGCGCAAGCGCACCAUCAACGACACCAGCAGGCGUACAAUUCUGCCUAAACUACGAUAGUGGAUGGGCAAAUUUAGAACGCAACAGGAUUAACUGAACCUGCGGGCAUGGAACGCUGUCAAAUGCUGUUGGGCAAACACUUGUGGCACUAUGAAGGGUGAUAAGGGGUGAUUAGCGAUCAAAGAUCGCUGAUCGCUGAGCGGUAAUCGGUUCAAAACAAGUUUAGUCAAAAUUUAAGUGAGGGAAUUUAAGCUCUUAGUUUACUUCAAGCAAACAUACAUUCACUUAGUACAUACAUACAAAUAUAUAAUGGUAAUAUAUAGGAGAAAUUAUGUAUUCACAAAUACAUAGGUACUUGUAAACACUUACACGCAACAGUAACACACAUAAAGUAACAAAUAAAAAGGGAGGACAUUCGGGAAUUUGUGUAUGAUUAAAAUGUACAGUUACAUACCUACACAGCAAAUGCAAACAGACAACCAUAAAGUAAAAACAAAUUUUUAUUUAAUAUAUACAAUAUCUGUAAUACAUAUGUAUGUGUGCAUUUAGCCAGAAAACGCAUGUAUGUGUUUAUUUAUAAUAAGAAGUGAAAUAUUACAACAAAAUCAAAGUAAAGUAUCGACGCAUAGGAUAAAGAGGGGAGUAGAAAACCAAAAAGAAAAAAUGAAUAUAUAUAUAUAUACAUAUAUAUAAUAAUGAUGGCUAACAUGAAACGGAAAAGGAAGGAAGAAAGUAGUAAUGAAAUGGAAGAAUAGAAUUGUGAACAAGCUGUUGUACAAUUAAAAUAAUUAUAAAAAUGAGAACUCAAAUAACACAAGCAAAACAUUAAUAGGUAACAGUUAUAACUAAAUAAAUAUACAACACAACAAUAAAUAUAAUAAUAAAAACCAAACAAAAGAAUAAAAAUAAAGUAAAAUAAUUUAUCAUACAUAGAUAUGUGUAACAGUGGAUUUGUGUCCAUUGUAAAAAAAGGAAAAACAACAAAAGAUAUUGAAAGUUUUCUGUUUCGUUUUCUGACAAUCGACAAAUAGGCUCUUCUUGUACAAACAAACAAAUGAUUCUAACUACAAGCAAACAAACAUCAAAUAAAUAGGAAAGUGACAAACCGAAAAUAAUUUAGAUGCAAAAUUAAAUCCCACAAAUCUAACAAUAAACGCAAAAACAAAGUAACGCAAAACCAAAAGCACGCAUAAUACAAAUAAAUAAAUAAAAAACCACAAAUAUGUAAUAUUAUAUGACUUUAUAAUAAGCUACAAUAAUAACGGUAAAAUCAAUCACUAGACAGAAUAAUAGAUGAGAACUCAACUCAGAAACUAAAAAACAAAAAAAAAAACGUGCAAAUUUUUUACACUUCAGUUUUCUCUGAUUUUCGAUACAUUUUGUUUUCAUAAUUAAAAUCGAAUUUUGAAAAACAAGAAAAUAGACAAAACGAAAAUACAGCAAGAGAAUGCUUGACUUGUUCAACCAAUAUACAAAACAAAGCAAAACAAUAAUACCAACAACAGCAAUAAAAGCAACUACAAGCAGUAAUAAAAUUCAACCAACGAUCAGCCAGCAACUACAAUACCAACCAACCAACCAAUACAGUAACCAGUCAACAGCAAAUACGCAGUUAUAAACGCAGCAAUAACCAUAAUAGUAACAGGACAACAACAGCAGCAGCAGAAAUAAUCAACAAUAAUAGAAGUAACCAAUUCAGAAGCUAUCACCACAUACAAUAACUCAAAAAGCAAUAAACAAAUACGUAAUGAUAUUCCAAAUUGGAUUGUGUAAGAAAAGUAGACAUCUAAUAAUUCAUUUUACAUUAGAGAGGUUAAUAAGGUGGCGCCGAUUGUAGUACCGCUACUUUGCUCUCAGCGAAUUUAACAUAAUCUCUGUGUGUGUGACGUUGCAAUUUGUUUGUAUAUUCUCACAAUUUAUUUUGUUCUCGCUCGCUCAUUGGCCACAUAGUGGCCCCUGCGCUCUUCGCCUCUCUGUAUAAAAUACAGAUAUGUGAGAAAAAGAGCGCUGAUUACAGACAGCCGCUGAUGGUUAAAUAAGCCUUUAAAAUCUGAUCAAUCAAUACUAUGGAAUCUAAAAAGUAGGACCAAAAACUUCAAAGCAAAGAAAAAAACAGCUACAUAAAAUAACUUUUAGGGAAAAACACCUCUCUUUUAACAUUUACAAGUCUAUUUGCCAAGUUGUCAAAAAAUUAGUUUUUCCUACUUUUUGUUGUAAUGCCAUUAAUAGCGUGAUUUGGUGAAAAUAUCGCCCACAGCAACAAUAGUGACUUCGAGCCGUUAUGCUAUUGUUGCAUAUUUUACGAAGCUCCAGUGCCACUUUUGGUUUCCAAGCGUAUGCGAAACGCUCUCUCAACAAAAUUUGGAAAGUUAUAUCAAAACUCGCUAUUGGCGAUGUAAUGACCCUUUCAAAUCACGUUAAACAAGUUUAGUUUUUAAAAUCAUAAGAUGGUAGAAAUCCUAUGAGCCAUUAGAGGCUUAUUUGGGAAUGUUGAACUGUUACUUCUUAAGAUCUCAAGGCUUCAAUUUCUGUUCAAAGUUUCCUACUGAGCGCGACAUCCAAACUCAAAGAGCACGAAUCUGUUAGCAUGCCAAGAAGUGCCGAAGUUCGUGAAUAUGAAUAAUGGCAUAAAUAAUUAAAAAUAUGUUGGCCUAAAAUAUCUUCCAGCGAGAAUAAGGAAGAAAGUCCUUGUGGGAAUUUCCUCUUAGAUGAGCAGAGUGAGCUUUUCUUUAUCGAAUCAUCGCGUUAAAUAUUACUUCACGUAUUUAUGGAAUUAGAUGAUAUCUCAAUCAACUAUACAAUACAGUUUUACGCCACAGAGAAGUCUUCGCAGCACUUUUCAGUACCAAACCAAUUGGAAUAAUUAUUACUUUGCAAUAGUUACAUAAAUACAACGAACGGAACAAUCGAUCGCAACACACAAGAUAGUCCAGUAAAGAUCAGCAACGCAGAUAAAACAACCGAAAACCUACAACAACAAUAGACUACACACGCAAACUCAACUAAAAAUCAACAAACCGUAAUAACAAAAAAAUGGCAAGACUUUGUGUGAAUUGAUUUUUUGGCAAGAAUGUUUCAAAUUGUACUAAGGGUACGCUUUCAGUAAACACUAGUUUACUAAAAGAUGCUCAUUUGCACAAAAUUUUUCCACUCAAAGUCGAGCCAUGUGUAAAUUUAAUAUUUAGUUGAUAUCUAAUAGAUUUGUAUGAUUUUUUCUUUUCAAUUACGAAACUAUUGAUAAAAAUAUUAAAGCAAAAAUAUCAAAAAAGUAAUAAAAAUUAGAACACUUCAGAAAUCCUCAAAACGGAAAUCAAUAAACAAAGCUGCCUUCACAUUUACAAAAAGAUAAAAGAAAAACACAAAAUCAUUCAAAGGGAAUAUUAAAAAUUUAAAAUGCUAAAAUUUGUAAGAGAAAAAUUUGCAAAUAUUUAAUGACAUAAUAAGAAUCUUAAGCCAAAAUUGUUUGGAAUUAAUAGAAAAACUUACAAUUCCUGUGUAAAAAAUAAAUUUCCCCGACCCCGGCCUCUUCUAGCCAAACACACACACACAUACUUGACUUCAUUGUUUAAAAUUGUAAUAGAAAAACUGAAAAUGAACUUUUAAAGUUUCAAAAAAAUAAAAUAAAUAAAUAAGCAAGGCCAAUCAAUGUAAACCAAAAUUAUACAAAAUAUCACUCGGUGUUAAAUUUUAUAACUAAGAAAUAUUUCGACCCACAUUUGUAUACCUAUGCACAUACAUAUACAUACCAAAAAUAUAUCUACAAAACAUAUUUAAUGUAAAAAAAUGCUAAUUUAUGCUAAAUUAAAUGUUUGGUGUUUGUGUAGAAGAAAAAGUAUAAAAAAAUUAAAAAAAAUCCACUUUUGGCUUAUAAAAAUAUUUGAGGAGGAGAAAUCUUUCGGAGUCGCAAACAUUUCAGAUCUUAAAUAUAUACACUUCAAACCUUAUAUGUAUGAUAUGUAUGUGUCUUCGUGUCGAGUAUACCUCAAAAAUAAACAAAACAUCAUCAUUUUGCAUAAAAAGGAAGAUAGUCUAGAUCAGGUGAAUUAAAUUAAUUAUUAUAUAAUAAAAAAGAAAAAUGCUUGAUCUGAACACUUUUAUAUGUACAUAUACAUAUAUUUAAAUGUAUAUUCCAGGCUUUGGAAAAAUUGCUUUAAAAAAUAUGAGAUAUAUUAAAAUUUUCCUUUUAAGAAAAUUUGUGUGUGUUAAGGCCAACGAGAUUUGUUUCAGAAAAGCUAGUGACGAAUGUUGCUCUCAAUAAUUAACAUUAUUCUUUGAAAUUACGAGAUAAACGGUUCACAAAAUUUCAAAAUUAUUUUUAAAAUAAAACGUUUGACUUUUAUUUUUAUUUACAUCCGGCAAGUAGUUUAUAUAGGUUCCAUUAACUCCUCAUUUCAUUUGUGGAGUAACAUCAAUACGCACGCCACAAAUAGCAGGAGGAGCUCGGCCAAAUACCUAACAAAAAUAUACGCGUCAGUUAUUUUUUUAUUAACUCGUAUUUAGGGUAUACGGCGUCGUAAUUAAUUGGCACUAUUUUCCCAGAUUGGGAAACUAACAUUCUCACAAAUUUAAAACGUUAAAACUUUAAUUUACUAAUUUUUGAUGAAUUUAAUUUUUAGCAUUUUUUUUUCAAAAAUAUGAAAAGGGUAAACUUUCAAAAAUUUCUAAAUUUUUUUUGAACUCAA